AUGCCGGACCGGGAGCUCAGCGACAUAGGCGACCCUGAGCUAGGGGCGGCCGCGCUGGAGGAGGACGAUGCCACCAGGGGAGGCGGCGGCGGUGCGGGCGGAGCCGCAGGAGGCGGCGUGGUAGGGGAUGUCUGGGGGUGGUCGGACGACGACGAAGGCGGCGACGAGCCACACCAUGCUGCGGGCACCGACAGGACCGCGGCCGGCUCCUCGACAGCGGGGCCGACAUCUGGAGCAGCCGGCUCCUCGAAGCGUCGAGCUGACGUAGGGAUGCCCGGCACCAGGCCGAGCAAGAAGGCCAAGAAGUCCGCCGCCACAACCAAGCGGCAAGAGGACCUGAAGGCAGCCACCUUCCAGAAGAUCCCGAAGCCGCGCCUGACGGUGUCCGCAUAA